AUGAGUCUGUCUCCAUCAGCGGCUAAUGCGGUAAUCGACGGAGAGAAGCCUUCCUGUCAGGAAUGUCGUCGUCGGAAGCAAAAAUGUUCGAGAGAUGAUCCGGCAUGUUCGUAUUGCCUCCGACAGAAUAUCCCUUGCGUAUACGAUGCGAAGAAAAAUAAGCCAGGACUGAAGGUCGGGGCAGUCGAAGCUCUCAGCAAACGAGUCGAAGUCCUUGAGCAAUCAUUUCACGAUCGAGAACAACAAGAAAAGGCUUUGAGAAAUACUGGCCAUGGCCGGCUCUCAGAGAAUACCGCCCAACUCAUAGGGGCCGUAACUGCUCUCGUCUCCGAAAUACAAGGGAUCACAUCGAAACGGAGUCAACGGGAUGUCUCGGCCCCCAUCAAUUCAGUUACCCCCCAAGUCGCUGGAGACCAUGAUGCUGUCGAACAAAGUCACCCUCCGAAGAGAAGAAGAUUGUCCAAUUAUCAGUGUGUCUCGCCUGCUUCUAGUAGAUCUCAGCCACGACUAGACUUGUCCGAUGACCAAAUUACCCACGAUCUCAUAGACGAGGCCGUUCAUUUAUACUUCGCCAAAGUCUUCUACUGGAUUCCUUUGAUACACAGAUCUCGCUUCAAGGAUCAAAUCAGGUUGGUAGAAGGAAGAAGGAGACUGAGUGUCGUCAUUGACGCCAUACUAAUAGCGACGCUACGCUUCGUGGAUCGUCAUAAGCACUCACUAUCUGAAGAAGACAUAACACGCCUGACAACUGAGAAGAGGAAAUCUGUUCUUAUUGCUGCCAUGGAUAACCUGAAUAUCGAGAACCUGCAAGCGCUUGUUAUCUUGGCGUUCACCGACAUUGGUCACGGAACUCCAAAUAGAUCAUGGUCAAUAAUUGGAUCGAUGACUCGAACUGCCGAAUAUUUACAGCUAACCACAGAAGAAUCUCAACGAAAUAAAACCAGUACAAGGCGUUUGAGUCCACUCCCAACGACGGACGAUUGGGUAGAGCAAGAAGAGAGGAGAAGGAUAUUCUGGAAUAUUUUUAAUCUAGAUAGAUACUUUUCUGUCACAACCGGAUGGGAUGCUAUCAUUGAUACAAGCAAAAUAAAUCUCAAGUUACCAGCCAACGGGAGCUAUUGGUAUGCAGAAGAGCCAGUCGGGUGUCCGUACUUUAAUAUUGGAGGUCGCCCCGGGGUUGAGAAAAUGGACAAGUCUUCUGCCCAUACCAGUGAUCGAUCCCGACCUGACAUUCCCGUGGAUGCUGGAAGUCCGGUACUCAGUAGCGAGUCGUCCGGCGGAUCUUGGCUCGGUGGCUUCGCAUAUUGCAUCGAAGCCUCGGAAUACCUUCGUCGGAUUUCGACAUUUGUACUCCACCAAGAUGUCAACUUUGCCAACCAGAAAGAUGUACGAGCUUGGUUGACCCGAUUUAAGGAACUAGAUCUCCAACUGGUCCACUGGAAGAUGUUUCUUCCUCGAAAAUGGAGCGACCCAAACCGAGCCCCGAAUACCUCCACCGGACCGAGAGAUUUGGACCACAACAUGACCCUUGCGCAUGUCACCCACAACACGUCGAUGAUAUUACUUCAUCAUCGCAUCGCAUACCCGCCGGCUGGAUGGUGCCACAAUGUCCCUCUACCCAGCGCUUGUAGUGCAGAAACAUGUCGACUAGCAGCUACUAAGACCAGUAACAUCAUGGAGAAGUGGCUCAGCAUCUGCCCAGAAGAAAUCAUUGUGGCUCCUCAGAUGGCCCUAUGCACGUUCAUUAGUGCCCGACUUCUAAUUCUUCACUGGCUAAACAAUAAUAAGAAACUCGAUUCCGAAUUUUGGGUUCUUGUCAGGAGCCUUGAGCAUAUGUCGAGGCGUUGGGAAGGCCCGAGAACAGGCAGAGCGGAACUUCCGCCCAACCUUGCAGGCAAAUACGCAAUAAACUUGCGGAAUCUUUAUGAGAAAUGCAUAGCACAACCGAGUUUUGAGGUCAAUCUCAUUGACUAUCAAGAUGAUCUGUUUUGCUCGGGAGCAUCGUAUACAUCGAACGACAUUCUCGAUCGAGAUAGGCGGCGAGCACACAAUCUUGGUAUUAGUGACGUGGAAUCUUCGCAUGCAGCUCCAUUAGUUCCGAGCAAUAUCGGCUCUACCUCGUUCGACAAUGCAACCGGUCAGCUAGUAUCAUCCGCACACCUACGAGAUGCCUCAUCUGGGCAAGCCCCAAGCUCUUCCACGAUCCAGCUACCACUACCUACCCCAUCUACUCAUGAAAGUACCCAUAUCACUGCGGGAAAUGGAUCAUCUUAUUCCAUAAAUGCAGCUAGCCCAUAUCCUCCAGAAGAUUUGAUGGAAAUUUCACAGGCUCUUAUGGAUCAGAGAUUUUCCGAAAUGGAUCGAAUCAUCACUUUAGAUGACUCAUUUUUCGAAGCAGCUGCAUUGGCACCCAACAUGCCCUUACUUCCGAUAAGCGAGUGGAGCGGCGAGGACAUGAAUGGGCAAUACUAUCCAAAUGGUGGAAGGUCAAUGUAG